AAGCAGAACAUCCGAUCCGACGCCAAGCGGCGUCGUCUGUAUGUGUGUGUGUUGUCACAGAAAUCUUAGAUUUAUCGCCCAGUCUGAUUUCUGAAUUAAACCUCAUGAAAUUCGUCGAUAGGGAUCUUCAUAUGCAGUACUAGCUUCCAACGGCUUCACGUUUUAGGGAAUAUUAAGUGCUUCAUAAGCAGACUGUUCAGAUUCAUGGACAGAAGCUUAUUUUGUCUGAAUAAUGCAACCAGCAAAAAGGAAACGACUCUCUUGCGACUUGGCACUGAAGAAAGGGUCAUCUUCAAUGAGUGAGAAACAGCGAUGUUUGAUGCUUGAAUUUCUUACCCAGCAUCCCAAUAUGGUUCUUGAUCGCUCAGUGGGAGGAACAUCGAAUAGACAUGAUAGGGAUGAGCUCUGGCAAAAGCUUGCAACUAUUUUGAACAAGUGCGAGUCUGGUGCUCAGAAAGAUGGAGGCGGGUGGAGGAGGUCAUGGCAGGACUUGAAGCGCUAUGAGAGCCUGAAAGCAAAAGAGUCAAUGGCAAAACUCUGUACCGUGAAUGAACCUCCACUGUUAGAACUCUCUCCCCUUCAAGAAAAAAUUGCAAAUCUUCUAAAUCUAUCCAUCUCAGUAAGUAGUUCACGUACACACAAUGAGUUGGAAUUAAAUAAAAUCAAACAAAAACAAGCUACUUUGCAUUAAA